GAAGAUCUUUAUGACCGAGUUCCCCUCAUUCCUAUUCUAUAUAUGUUUAGGGUUUCGAGUCAUUCUUCUUCACUCUUCAUACUGUUGUCUGAGGUUUUCACUUUGUGUUGUUGAAACUCCAAAAUGGCUCUCAAGGCUAAUCUUUGCAGUGUCAUGCAUGCGCAGAUGCUCCCUGGGAAGAGUUUAGGGUUUAAUCGCUCUGCUUCACUGAUUUUCAGUAAUCUGAGCUUCAGAAACAAUGCGCCGACGUCCCUGCCCUGUUUAUCUUUGAGGAAAGAAAAACAGCAAUACUCCAAUUAUAACCACAAUGUUAUCCGCAUGUCUGGACUCCGAGCUACAAAACUGAAUGCUGCAGUCAUCCCUUUAGAAGCUGCGGAAGUUAGAUCAGAAGUACCUGUGGAAGUUGAGAAGCUUUACACAACAGUUGUCUCAGUGGAGACUCUUGUUGGCCCCAAAGGCGGCCUCGGAGAGGUCUGCCAUAUUGUGCUUGAUCACGGUGGCAGUUUUAAGUUCAAGGAAGGCCAAUAUCUUUUAGUACAUUUUCAAUCGAUCAAACGCUAUUUCUCGAUUGCAUCAUGUAGCCGUGGAGAUACUUUUGAUGACAAGACACUCAGUCUAUGCGUUCGUCGUGCCGAACUGUUGCCAGACAGUGUCAGUAACUACCUCUGUAAUGUUAAAGCUGGAGACACAGUUGAAAUUUCAGGUCCUUUCGGUGGACAAAUGGUAUUCACAGAAAGAAGGGAAAUGAAUUCUAAACAUAUUAUGGUUGCAUCAGCAACUGGUGUUGCUCCUUUCCGUAGCAACAUCCAGCAUAUAUUCUCAUCUAUACUUCUAGGAAAUACUGACCAUGUCUGGUUGAUCUCCGGGGCUGACAACUAUAACAGCCUUCUUUACGACAAGGAAUUCACUCAAAUCCAAAACAACCAUAUUAAUCGCUUCAGAUAUCAGAGGGCCUUGAAUAACUCUGUGGAUGAUAGCAUCUACGGAAGCGGUGAUGAAAUUUUCAAACUUUUGGAAACUGGUGCAUAUAUAUAUAUAUCUGGAUCAAGUACCACACUACCUGGAAUUAAGGCAACAUUCGCCAAGAUUGCUCAGGAGAGAGGUGUGGUUUGGGAUGAUAUGCUAAGAGAGCUGCAGAACACUAAUCACUGGCGUGUUGAAGUUUACUAGCUAGAUAACUUCAAUCCAAUGGUUUUAUGUUAAAAUUGGUGGCAGUGACAUUGAUUAUUAUUAAUGUCUUUUUAUCUAAUAUCGUUUAAAUAAUAAAUGCCAUCUACAUCAGCCUGAUUUGUAAAGUCUUGUCAUAAUAUUAAUAACUUGGUAUUAGGGGUGAGCAAUAAAACAUGAUCUGAUGAUAGAUUCAGUAUCUAA